AUGGUAUCACCACAGGACCGGCUGGUGCAAGGUGAGUGGGGUGGUAGCGCCUGGAGUGGGACGUGCACUGGUUUUGCCCCCACCAACAGCCCGCCGUGCCGCCAAAACAGCCUUGGAACAUCUGUGUGGCCGAAAGCACCAGUUUCUCCAACUUCCGCCGUGAACACUGAAGCUCCGAUUCCGAUUGUGGACUCACACAUCUCGACAUCGCACUCACCAUAUUUCCCACACCACACCAAUCCUCUCGAUAAGACACGAGACUCGGUCCCCGACACAACCGACCUCUGCUCUUUGCAUCGCGCCCCUCCAUCUCCAUUCUUUUCUCCCUCCGCCUUGGGCAGCUGUUCCGUCACACGACUGCUGGCACCCCUCCUUGAGGACCCCUCCAGGCAAAAACGUGCUGCGAAUCACCCUUCCGAGAGAGUUUUGCACCUCGACCGUCUCACCAGAUCCGCUCUUGUCGACAAGUCGUACCUCUCUAUAUACUAGCGCCGGCGACUCGAUCUCCGGCCCAAC